AUGUCGACCACCACACGGAGGGCUGUGCGCGUGGCUCUCGUGGGCCUCACCGGCGCCGGCAAGACCGCACUGGGCCGGCUGCUGUGUCAUUCCAGACCCGACCUGUUCACCCCCUCCAACUCGGCCUCCAGCCAAACGCCCGGGCAAGUGGGCGAACUGGCCUACCCCGAGCUGCACCUCCUUCUGCGCGUCUUGGACACGAUGGGGCUCGACGACACCCAGCGCCCGCCUGAAGUGGUGCGGCAACAGACCACCCAGGGCAUCGCCUCUCUCGCCGGCGGGGUCGACUUCUUCUUCCUUUGCAUGAAGGCCGAGCGCUUCACCGAGCCAACCUACGUUGCCUACAAGUACCUGCUCGAGGGAGUGCUGGGCGAAGGGUGCCUGGGCAACGUGUGGCUGGUGGUGACGGCCUCGGGCGCCGAUCUGAGCCGCGAUAGCGGCGCCCAGCAGGCGUGGGUGCGUCAAUCGCGCAGCAAUCGCCACUUUGACGAGAUGGUGGCCCGGCUGGGAGCCGAUCGUAUCGUAACCCGCCCGAGCCUGCCGCCGCGGGAUCCCGCGGGGCGCGAGGAGGAGUUCAACGCGCAGCGCCGGGACGAGGCUCGGGCCGCGCUGCUGCGCGUCAUCACCGCCAACGCGCCGACGCGCUACACGAUCGCCGAGCUCGAACAGGCCCAGGAGGCCUACGAUCGCCAGUGCCGCAAGCUCGAGGCGAGGGCUGCCGACGAGGCGCGUCGGCUGCGGGAGGAGCAGGUGCGUGCGGCGACCGAACAGGAGAGGGCGCAGCUCGAGCAGAGGCUGGGGGAGAUCGAGGAGCGGCUGCAGCGGCAGCUGGGGGAGCUGCGGGCGAGUCAGCAGCGGGCCGUGGAGCAGGCGGCCGUUACCUACGUCCAGCACAAGACGAGGGCACUCGACGUGGUCAUGGAGGGCUUGCAGGUGGUCGGAAUGGUUGUCAGUGCCGGCAAGUGCGUGUUGCAAUAA